ACAGUUGGAAAUAGUCCUUGCACAGUUAGCACGUACCACGCGACAAAAUUUCCUCCCUCUUCCCAUAUUCACAGACUCAUUUAAGAAUUUAACCCCUUUCUGUUCCCAUUCAAUCACCAAUUCUCUCUCUCGCUACGAUUUGCUUCAUCUCUUUCUCGCGAUUGCUUCCAGAUAACAUUUCCAACGGUGGUGUGAGGAGUUAACUUUGGGAAUGGAGGAUGGCAAAGAGCCACGAGUUGAGCAAUCAGAACAACCAUCUCCAGAGGAGGAAGAGGUUCUAAAGAAAAAGUAUGGUGGAAUCAUUCCAAAGAAACCACCACUGAUUUCUAAGGACCAUGAACGUGCUUACUUUGAUUCUGCUGAUUGGGCUCUUGGAAAGCAAGGUGUUGAGAAGCCUAAAGGACCACUUGAAGCCCUUCGACCGAAACUACAGCCUACACAACAGCAAACACGAUACAGAAAGUCCCCUUGUGCUCCAUCGGGUGAAGAUGGAGGAAGUUCUCCCUCUGAGGACGCAUCUGCGAAUUAAUGAGAUUGUAUUGGGUCUUUUCGUAUGAAAACUGUGGUCUGUUAUUCUGAAACGUAUAUUGGGAUGGGUAAUCUCUUAUUGUUCUUGGGAACAAACUUGGUGAAGUUGAUGUGAUUUUAGCUAUAAGAUAAAAAUAUUAUGCACUACACCAAAAUUACUGCAGUUGAAACUAAGCCAUAUUCAUAAUUCUAGUGUUCCAAAUUUUUUGGGACAUUAUUGUUGCUUUUAUUAUUAAUGAAGAAAGAGCCUGCAUAUGAGUAUGGACAACUUUAUCAGUGAAACUGGCAAUUUUUCAGUGACAUCUUUUUUUCCUUCUGUCCUUGUAAAAUUGAA